AUCAAUGAAAGUGAAAGUAGAAUAAUGUGGUUCGUGUUGCUUGGUAUAGUGACGCCUGUCAGUUUAAUUUGCUGGCUUAUAACUAUAGUAUAUAGCUAUGUUUAUAAUGAUACUGUUCCUGUCUCCCCAUGGAGAUGGAUGAUUGCCAUAUUGGCUCCAGUUGUCAUAGCAACAUGGGGACUGAAGAAAAAAAGUUUGGAUCGAACUGGUGUCAUUGCAGGUCUUGUUGUUGGUUUCAUUCUUACCAUCAGCAAUUUCUGCUUUUUCACCUCACUUCUAACAUUUUUUGUGAUGGGAUCAAAGGUCACUAAAUUCAAGGCAGAACAGAAGAGGAAAAUGGAACAUAACUAUAAGGAAGGUGGUCAAAGAAAUUGGGUACAGGUUCUCUGUAACGGUGGCAUGGCAGCUGUGUUUGCCCUGCAGUACAUGUUUCAUGUGGGUUGUAAGGAGGUAAUAAUUGACUUUUCCCAUCACUACUCGUCCUCCUGGCUGGCGAUGUCUGUCCUGGGGUCCCUGGCUUGUUGUUGUGGGGACACCUUCUCUUCAGAACUUGGUGCUGUGUUUUCCAGAAAUACUGAACCAAGGCUCAUAACAACUUUAGCAAAGGUUCCUCGAGGCACUAAUGGAGGUGUGACUGUUCUUGGAAUGGCCUUUAGUUUGGUAGGGGGAGGACUUGUGGGCCUGGGGUUCUAUCUAACACAAAUUUUCCUGCUUAGAGAGUCCUUUAUAAACAAUGGUCCCCCACAGUGGCCCAUAGUGUUAGUGGGGACCCUUAUGGGGUUUAUUGGUUCUUCUAUAGAUUCAUUCCUAGGAGCAACAUUUCAAUAUUCAGGAUUUGAUCAGAAGCGGAAGUGUGUUGUCGAGCACUCGGGACAAAAUGUGGAGUAUAUUUCCGGCAUGGAGCUAUUAGAUAAUCACAGUGUUAACCUAUUGACCUCUUUAAUCUCUGCUCUAGUCACACCCAAAGUAGCCUUUGAAAUAUGGAGAUUAUGCAGCUGACGAUGACAUAAUUAAUUCUAGUUAUUUUAUCAUUUCUCAUUUGACUUACAAAUAUUCCAAGGACCAGCUCAUGUACAAAUUACAUGUAUGUGUUCAGCAUCAUGCAACGCACAAGAAAUCCUUGUACACAUUAAUUAAGUUCUGUGAAAUCAGUAAUUUUCAUAGGGGGUUAAUUUUUUUUUUUUUUUUUUUUUUUUGAGGUAUAAAAUGACCAACAAAUUUAUGUCUACCACAAAUUGUAAAAUAUCAUAUAUAUAACUACUCAACAAUUCUUGAUCCACAAAAUCAA